CGCGCUAUUGCGACCCCAACGCGCCCACCACCCUCAUCGCCGACACGUCUCAAACAAUCGGGAAGCUUUUCAGCCGUCUUUGCGCAAUACAUCACGAGCAUCUACACGAACAACACGCGGCGAACAGCCCAAACGGGCAACAUGGCGCGCAAGAGCAAUGGACGCGAGUCUGACCCCUCGACGGCUGACGCCUCGGCACACGAAGACGUCGAAAUGCAGGACCAGGAAGACAGGAUGAACGGCUUUAAGAAGUUCGGGUAUAAUCUGGACACACCCGACUACACAGACUCGGACACACAACCUAACACAACAGCUAGCAGCGUUGCAGGGGACGCGCCAGUCGACGGCCGCAAACGACGCGCUGAGCAGAUGAACAUGCGCAAGAGCAUCUACGGAAAGAAGCACGACCGCCUCGGCGCGUCAAAGGAAGACGACACAGUACGACGUUUCCGAUAUCUUCUGGGUUUGACAGACCUAUUUCGCCACUUUAUCGACACAAACCCGAAUCCGCAUAUCAAAGACAUCAUUGCUAAGAUUGACGCACAAGACGCUGAAGAGGCCAAGAAGUCAAAGGCAAGCAAGGUCCGCAAGGGUGGAGCUGCUGCCGAGCGCCGUCGCAAAACCGAACAGGAGGAAGACGCUGAACUCGUGCGCGAGGAGAAGCAUGGUGGACACAAUGAAACAGUCUUCAGGGAGUCACCAGGCUACAUCCAGGGCGGUACCAUGCGUGACUACCAAGUUGCUGGUCUCAACUGGUUGAUCUCGCUGCAUGAGAACGGUAUCUCAGGUAUCCUCGCCGACGAGAUGGGUCUGGGGAAGACACUACAGACCAUCUCCUUCAUCGGCUACCUUCGCUUCAUCGGCGGCAUCACCGGACCUCACCUCGUCGCUGUGCCGAAGUCGACUCUUGAUAACUGGAGGCGCGAGUUUGGCAAGUGGAUUCCCGAGAUCAAGGUCCUUGUUCUGCAAGGAAACAAAGACGAGCGCGCCGAGCUAAUCCGGGAUGAACUGGUGGACGAGAACUUCGAUGUCUGCAUCACAAGUUACGAAAUGAUUCUGCGUGAGAAGUCUGCUCUCAAGAAGUUUGCUUGGGAAUACAUUAUCAUUGACGAAGCGCAUCGUAUCAAAAACGAGGAGUCCUCCCUCGCCCAGAUGGUCCGCAUGUUCAACUCUCGAAACCGACUCCUUAUUACCGGUACCCCGCUCCAGAAUAAUCUGCACGAACUGUGGGCGCUCCUGAACUUCCUGAUGCCAGAUGUAUUUGGUGAUUCAUCGGCGUUCGAUGAGUGGUUCUCCCAGCAGAACGAGGACUCGGAUACCGUUGUGCAGCAGCUCCACAAGGUCUUGCGGCCUUUCUUGCUUCGACGUGUCAAGGCCGAUGUCGAGAAGUCACUCCAGCCCAAGAAGGAAAUCAAUUUGUAUGUUGGUCUGUCUGACAUGCAAGUCCAGUGGUACAAAAAAAUCCUUGAGAAGGACAUUGACGCAGUCAACGGCGGUGCUGGCAACAAGGAGUCCAAGACACGUCUGCUUAACAUUGUCAUGCAGUUGCGCAAGUGCUGCAACCACCCAUACCUUUUCGAAGGUGCUGAGCCAGGUCCGCCAUACACGACCGACGAGCACUUGGUUAACAACGCUGCAAAGAUGGUCAUGCUGGACAAGCUCCUCAAGCGCAUGAAAGCUCAAGGCAGCAGAGUCCUCAUCUUCUCCCAGAUGAGUCGUGUCCUAGACAUCAUGGAGGACUACUCGGUGAUGCGUGGAUACCAGUACUGCCGUAUCGACGGUUCCACAGCCCACGAGGACCGUAUCGCAGCUAUCGACGACUACAAUAAGGAAGGCUCAGAAAAGUUCCUCUUCCUCCUAACAACUCGUGCUGGUGGCUUGGGUAUCAAUUUGACUUCCGCCGACAUUGUAGUACUCUUCGAUAGCGAUUGGAACCCGCAGGCCGAUCUUCAAGCCAUGGACCGUGCCCAUCGUAUUGGCCAGAAGAAACAGGUUUACGUUUUCCGCUUUGUAACGGAAGGCGCAAUCGAGGAAAAGGUCCUGGAACGCGCGGCUCAGAAAUUGCGUCUUGAUCAGUUGGUCAUCCAGCAAGGACGCUCGCAGCAACCUGCCAAGAACGCUGCCUCAAAGGAUGAGCUCCUGACCAUGAUUCAGCACGGUGCUGAGAAGGUAUUCAACAGCAAGGGCGCCGUCGGACCAGCCGUAGACGGUGAUAUGGCCGACGAUGACUUCGAUGCAAUCAUGAAGCGGGGUGAAGCGGCGACCGCAAAGCUCAACUCCAAGUACGAGAAGCUAGGUCUCGAUGAUCUGCAGAAGUUCACUUCUGACUCAACGUACGAGUGGAACGGCGAGACGUUCGAGCCACGAAAGAAGGACAUUGGUCUCAACUGGAUCAACCCCUCCAAGCGUGAGCGCAAGGAGCAAAACUACGGUAUCGACAAGUACUACCGCAAUGCGUUAGCAACUGGUGGCCGAACCGAGAGCAAACAACCUAGGGUUCCUCGUGCACCCAAGCAGGUUAUCAUUCACGAUUAUCAGUUCUUCCCGGAGAAGCUAGCAGAACUUCAAGACAAAGAGACUGCCUGGUACCGUAAGGAGAACAACCUCAAGGCGCCACUUCCCGAUGGCCCUGACGAAGACCUUGAGGCCCGCGAGGCCGAUCAGGAGCUCGCACAGAAAGAGAUCGACAAUGCCGAGCCGCUGACAGAGGAAGAGAAAGCUGAGAAGGAGCGCUUGAUCGAGCAGGGUUUCCCCGAAUGGAACAAGCGAGAUCUGCAGCAGUUCCUGAACGGUUCCGCUAAGUACGGGCGAACAAACUACGAUGGCAUCUCUGAGGAAGUGGACGGCAAGGACGCCGAUGAGAUCAAGGAGUAUGCCAAGGUCUUCUGGAAGAAGUACAAGCAGUUGGAGAAUUGGCAAAAGUAUAUCAAUGUUGUGGAAGAGGGUGAGCAGCGCGUUCGCGACUCGGAAAACAAGAAGCGCCUGCUUGCGAAGAAAAUCGGCAUGUACAGGAUGCCUCUGCAACAGAUGACUAUCAAGUACACCGUCUCGACAACGAACAAAAAGGUUUACACCGAAGAGGAGGAUCGAUUCCUGCUUGUCAUGCUUCACAAGCACGGCGUUGAGGGUGAGACUAUCUACGACAAGAUCCGCGAUGAGAUUCGAGAGUCGCCUUUGUUCCGCUUCGACUGGUUCUUCCUUAGUCGAACGCCUCAGGAGAUUGGUCGACGUUGCACAACGCUUAUCCAGACGGUUGUCCGUGAGCUUGGCGGCGAUACUGGCAAGAACGGCAAGGGCAAGCGCGCAUAUGAGGAAGAGGAGACCGAAGAGGAGGAGGAAGAGCCUGUCAAGAAGAAGGCCAAGAACGGUGUGAAGAACAAGCAGCUUGACACAGUGAAGGCCAAGGCCUCUCCUGCAACAUCAACAUCGCGCGCCAGCAGCGUUGCUUCAACCGGCUCCACUGGGAAGGGCAAGGCGAAGGGCAAGAAGAAAUAGACUUUCUGAUCCUGAAUCUCGCGGAUUGAUACGGUGUUUUGGCGCAUAGAAAGAUGGAAACGAUUCAUCACGGGAGCUUUGGCUCAGGUUUGGCACGGGCGAGGCUCUUCUGUACAACACUGCAACGGUCUGUGUUGAGCUUCUUUUAGCAUGGCAAGGCUUGUGGGUUCACGAGCGAGUUGUGCGAUAGCAUGUUAUAG